CCAAGGGUCUCCGCUUCCCUUCCCCUCAGCCGCGGCAGGAGGGCGGCCAUGGCCAGUUACACUAAGGCGGCCCAGCAAUGGGCUACUUUUGCCAGAGCCUGGUAUCUCCUCGAUGCGAAGAUGCAGCCACCAGGAAAAAUAGCAGCCGCGACUGUAAUCAGACUUGAAGGCAGGCAUAAACCUAUUUAUCAUGCCCUGAGUGACUGCGGAGAUCAUGUUGUCAUAAUAAAUACGAGACAUAUUGCCUUCUCUGGUAACAAAUGGGAACAGAAAGUAUAUUCUUCACAUACUGGCUAUCCUGGUGGUUUCAAACAAGUGACAGCAACUCAGCUCCAUUUGAAGGAUCCAACUGCUAUUGUUAAACUGACUGUUUAUAGAAUGCUUCCAAAAAACCUUCAGAGAAGAACUAUGAUGCAGAGGCUGCACCUUUUCCCAGAAGAUGUUAUUCCAGAAGAUAUACAGAAGAAUCUUCUACAAGAGAUUCCUCAGCCACGUGCAGUCCCCAAGAGGUUAGAUGAAUAUACACCAGAAGAAAUUGCUGCCUUUCCGAAGGUUUGGACUCCACCUAAAGAUUUUCGAAGGAAGUAAUAGCAAUAAAAGAAGAAGAACUGCCAUCAGGAAUCUCUCCUCCUUGAAAAAAAAUUCUUCUAACAUGGAAGCAUCUGUGCAUCUCAGUCAACCCUUCUAUACAGAAUGUUUUUGACAGGUGUGAGCAAACUUUAUUUGGAAAGAUUACAAAAUUUACGGUAUUUGAAACAGCUAAGAAUGGAUAUUAUGUUGUUAGUGCCACCUGUACUCUGUGUUGUAUGAGCUGGUUAUUUGUUAAUUACAUUUGGUUUAAUACUAUUAUUAAAGAAUUGGUAUAUUUUUAAUGAAUAUUUACAUCUCAUGGAAACAGCACAUUGUUUACUGAAAUGAAGUAUCUCGCUCUAAAAGUUGCAAAACUUUAUUUCCAUGCAGUAAGAUCAGUGAAUAAUUGUGGUCACAUUGCUCCCACGAACGGCACACUGUUGGUAAAUAAUCUGAUGUGCUUUUCUGGUAAAACAGGUGAUCCAUCCUUACACAGCUUGAUGAAUGAGAGAAUGCCAGCCUUAGUUCAGAGAAAGGGAAUUGUUCAUGUAGAACUCGUUCUGUCUUUGGGUGAUGUAAAAAAAAAAAAAACCCAGUGGCUUGAGCUGUUUAUUAUCUCUGUAAUAUAUUGUGCGGUUCUUCUGAAAGCCUUUCCUAGAAUGCGGUGUGUAUAUACCGUAUGAAAUUAAUGGUGAGAUUUUGCUGAGUGCAUGUCUAGGCAGGCCUGCAGUUUCCUUAUCUUUUUAAGUGAGUACACCCACUGAAGUUACUGUGGUGGUGGUAAGCAAAAUGAAACUUAUUCCAGAGCCAAAUUACACUAGAAAAACACAACUCUUCAGAGGAAGCAAUGCAGGUACCAAAUAUGCAUGCAUGCAUACUGUAGUCCUGUUAGAGAUCAGAAAAAUAUUAUUAAAAGAUGCAUCUUGGAGGAAUGAGGAGGUGGUGAGACCUGUUAUGGUCAGAUUUAUGUCCUGUGGGAGUUUGUCUCGCAGUCUUCAGCAACCUUCUAGAAAGAGUUUUUCUGCACGACAUGCUUUGUCAAUUGUUUAACCCAUUCAUUAUGAGCAAAGAAGUAAUUGGCCACCAACCAUACUUUUUCAUCCUGAAGCUUUGUCCAUCUUUUGAUAUGGAAUGCCAUAUGGUGUGCUUGGAACACCAAAAAUGAAGCCAAGGGGAAAUCAGUUUAUGCUUACAGAGGGCCUGUUUGCUACAGAGAGGAAGAUUGCGGCAUUUUACAGUGUGUGGAGUUUCUUGGAUGCUGGAGGAGUGAUGUUUCAGUUCAACUGAACAUACUGCUGGAAUACUGCAGAGCAGCAAGGACAGCGUGAAUUUCAGAGGUGAUACUGUCUGCUAGAUUGCAUCCAAAUGGUAAACUGUGUUGGUGGAAAAGGUACACCUCUGGGAACUACAUCAUGAAUAUAGGCAAGGAAUGAACACAAUGAGAACUACUUUUGUUUUUAAUAAUCUUACUGUUUUUCAGGCUCUUGUUAGUCUGCUCCGCACUUAAAUCUCUAGUGUGCUGAAUGACAUCAGGGUUGACUCUUCUCUACUUUCUAGCUGCUGAAUGGUAUUAAAUAUAUCCUUAAUACGAUUUCUUUCUUUAUGGGGAGAUGUUACAUGAUGGUCAGCAGGAGAGUUGAUAUCCAUAACGUUCUGCCUGCCUUAGAAAGCAGACAAGCAGAACACCUCUCCAUCUAGGCAUAGCUUUUGAAGAUAGUACACUUUGGAGCUCUGCAGUGCUGUUUACAAACUAAAAGAUCCAUUUGGGGCUGUGCAGUAUAUUUUCUUAAGUGGCUCUUCCUCUAUAGGAGUAGGUCUGCUGACAACCCAACGUAGUAUAGAUUUUGUUAAAGAGCUUAUUGAAAUAAAAGACAGUAAAGGCAGAUCAUAUGGAGAUACUCUUCCUUUUUUUCCCUUCUUAAGCCCAAAUCUGAUUUUGAUUCAAAAGUCACAGGAACAUGCCUUCCUUAAUUAAUGUAUUAAAGAAUAAAGUAGCAACACUUUUCUUAUGAAAACCAAAUGAGGAAUUUGUACUUAAGUGUUGAAUGAUGCAAAGUAAGUCUUAACAAUUAUUUUCCUUCUGCAUAUUACUGCCCUGAAGUUCAUUACUGCUUUUCUGCACAGAUAACCCUCAAGCUGAAGCUGUUGUGUAGAUAAAUGAAGCACCUGUUGUUUUCUGUAUAUUAGAAGAUGCUGAUAUGUUAUCUAU